AAAUCUUUCAUCUUGACCUAACAAACAGCUAUGGCGGACGACGAGCUACAAGCUAUCCGAGCGAGGCGUAUGGCCGAAAUGCGUGCGGCUCAGGGGGGAUCAGCGGGUUCAAUGGGACUGCCCGCAGGCAUGGCAGCAGGUGGCCCACCCGGUAAUUCUGCUGAAGAAGCUGAAAAGAAGAGCCAAAUGGAGGAGAUGCGAAGGAAUAUGCUUUACCAAAUCCUGGACAAUGACGCUCGGGAACGACUCGCCCGCAUCAAGAUUGUAAAGGCAGAAAAGGCCCGUGCUGUAGAAGAUCUUUUAAUUCGAAUGGCCCAAACCGGUCAGAUCAGAGCCAAGGUCAAUGAAUCAACACUCAUUGGCCUUCUGGAACAAAUUAACGAACAAAACCAAAAAGAAACAAAGAUCACCUACAAUCGACGACGAGAAGACGAUUCGGAUGAUGACGAUUUUGGAUUGUAGUUUACAUUUGGGCGUAGCACAGUAGGGCAUAGUAUGUGCGCGAUAUGUAUAUACACAAUGAUACAAAUAAUUGAGCGCGAGGCUUCUGUAUUCUCCGUCUACCAAAUAUGAUAUGGGUGGGACGUGAUCAUUUGGGGAUGUCGCUUAAACGAUGCGGCUUUUGACCAUAGUAAAUCUUUCAAUUCGAUCCAGUUUGUCGCCGGUGGCACCCUUUUCCUCC